AUGAAGCCUACUUUAAUGUUUAUAUUUUCUUUCCUUUUUAUAGGAAUCGCUAUAGGUACUUAUGCUAUAAAAAAUCCAGAAAUAACUGAUCCAGUACCGGUGCAUGAAGUUUUAGCUUUACCAGUCAUCAUUACUCAAGAUGAUAUAAAUAAGCAUAAAUAUUUUAUUGAAAAUAAAUGGUAUGGCACUCUUGAUCCUAAUGAGGAGGGCCAUGCUAGACUCCAUUGUGAAAAUGGUGCAAAUGUCAAUAAGCAUAGUGUG